CUGCGGUUUUUGGAUGGUCAAAAAAUAAUCAGGAAGCUCAUGUUGAAAACAUAACAUAAUUCUUAAUUUAAUAGCUUACCGAUAGGAACGCAUAAUUUGAUAUGUCAGAUACAAAUUACGCAGGGUCCUUCCUUUGAAACCUUAAUAGCUUUGACCGGCAAAAUAUCCCCUGACUUAGACAACAACUCAUAAGCUACGUAUUAGAAUGCCGGUUCCUGAGGGCGCGUGCAUGUUUCAUUCGCUUCUUCUUAACUCCCGAUCUUCUUGUGAGGAGAUUUGUGAGGAGAUAGCUGGUCAUUCUGCCGCCAUUCACUGCUACAUCUUCUAGGCCCUCGACCUGUGACGCAGAUCGCAAUGAAGGUUUCCUCGCUCGUUUGCGCUAUCAUUGCGCUUCUCCAGGCCACUGUCGAAGGCAAAGAUGUUGUUGUCGAGUCCCUACCAAAGGUCCCAAUGGGCUGGAGGAAGGUUAAGAACGCGGAUCCGAAUCAAGUAGUCAAGCUGCGGAUUGCUCUUGAACAGCCCAACCUGGGUCAAUUCGAGCAAACCCUCUACGACAUAUCUACUCCUCAACACCGGUUAUACGGGCAACAUCUAUCGCGCGAUGAAGUGAAGGAGAUGAUGAAGCCAAGAGAGGAGUCGACUGCUGCCGUACUAGAAUGGCUACAAAAUUCUGGCAUCCCCGCAGCGGAUGUCAAGAAUGACGGAGAAUGGGUCAAUUUCCAAACUACCGUGCUAAAGGCGGCGAGCUUGCUGGAUACUGAUUUCCAAGUGUAUAACCAUGUCGGAACAGAUGCACAGCGAAUCCGAACUCUGCACUAUUCCGUUCCCGAGGCAGUCCGGCCCCAUAUCACCAUGAUUCAGCCGACGACCAGAUUUGGCCAGAUGAAACCGCACGCUGUAGAGGUGUACGAGGUCAUCGAGCAGAAAGAAGCGGCUGCUUUCUUCAAGGCCGCCGCGGAGAUCCCUACCCAGGAACUCAAUGCGACUUUCUGCAAUACCACCAUAACCCCUGAAUGCUUAAGGGCGCUUUACAACGUCGGUGACACGGCUGCGGAUCCUAGCGUCGCGACUAUCUUUGGUGUGAGCGGCUUCUUGGAGGAGUAUGCGAAGCAUGAUGCGCUAGACAAGUUCCUCGAGCAAUACGCUCCCUAUGCUCUUGCCCAGAACUUCACCACGCUCUCUGUUAAUGGUGGUUUGGACAACCAGACUGACUCUAUUGAUGAUGAUGUCGAGGCCAACCUGGACAUGCAGUACGCGGCGUCAUUGGGUUUCAAUACAGAUAUCCGAUACUACUCUAAUGGAGGCCGUGGACCUUUGGUUCCUGAUCUUGACCAACCGAAUCCGAACACCGGGUCUAAUGAGCCGUACCUCGAAUACCUGACGUACCUCCUGGAUCUCCCAGACGAGGAGCUCCCGCAUACUCUAACCACCUCUUACGGUGAAGAUGAGCAGUCAGUACCUAAGACAUAUGUCGAGAAGGUCUGCACCAUGUUCGGCCAGCUAGGAGCUCGUGGAGUGUCCGUGCUCUUCAGCUCUGGAGACACCGGCCCAGGUAGCGCCUGUCAGACAAACGACGGCAAGAAUACCACCCGCCUUCUCCCCAUCUUUCCCGCAGCCUGCCCGUACGUCACAGCCGUGGGCGGCACCGUCGGCGUCGAGCCCGAGCAGGCCGUGUCUUUCUCAUCCGGCGGUUUCUCCGACAUCUUCCCGCGCCCGGAUUACCAAAAAGCCGCCGUAGACGCGUACAUCGGCACCAUCGGCGCCACAUUCGAGGGCCUGUACAACCCGUCCGGCCGCGGGUUCCCAGACGUCGCGGCUCAGGGGCGCAACUUCAACGUCAUCUCCCAAGGAUCGGUUAUCAAGGUUGGCGGAACAUCGGCGUCGGCGCCGACCUUCGCAGCCAUCGUAAGCUUGCUCAACAACGCGCGCAUCAAGAGCGGCCAGAAGCCUCUGGGUUUCUUGAACCCGUGGCUUUACAGCGAUGCUGUUGACGGUGGUCUGACUGAUAUCGUGCUGGGUGGAAGCAAGGGCUGCACCGGAAGAGACAUCUACAGCGGCCUGCCGGCGCCUUACGUCCCUGGCGCAGGGUGGAACGCGACGAAAGGCUGGGAUCCCGUCACCGGGCUCGGAACUCCGUUGUUUGAUGUGCUGCUUGAAAAGGUUGCCCCGGGCGUCGAGAUGCCAAAGAUUACCUCGUAAAGAUGAGGAAAAUGCAUCGCUGAGUGCUUAUAGUAUACUGAAUCUAGUUGCCGAGAUUCGGUGUUUGGCGGUUGUUGGUUCUGGGCGUAAACGGGUUCUUAGUAUAAAUUUUGGUUGUUUAGAUUCCGUAGACGUUCAAGAAUAUGCUAUCCGAUAGAACUAUAGUGUAUCUUUAUAUAUAUAUAUCUACCCUGUAACUCUUGUCGUUUAUUGAUAGCGUAGAGUUGUGUUGUGACUGGGGAUAGUAUGUGCUAUUUGGGAGAUUGUGAUGUUGAAAGUUUUAAGUUUGGUCUGAUUCUCAUAGUGACCCCCAUAUGGUUUUAUGUUCGCACCUAACCUUCGCGCCUACUAGUUCCUCCAAACAAAAAGAGAGGGUUCCGAAUGACAGGAAUAGUCCGGUCUUACCAGAUUCCUCUUAUACGGUAAUAAAUCGUAGCUU